UUCGCGAUAACAAAACAGGAAUCUUACGAAUUGUAGUUGGUGAUUCUAUAUUUAGUUUUCUCUUCAUGGAGAUAAAUCAAUUACCGAAAAAUAUCGAGAGGACAAGUAUAUUUUUAUGUUUUGAAUUAUAAAUAAAAUAUUGAAAUGGAUGAAGCAAAGUUUUUAAAGCGAAAAGUCAGAUCUGGUACAUUGGAUGUACACCCGACAGAGAAAGCCUUGGUAGUGAAUUAUGAUGUUGAAGCUUUAAUCCUAGGUCAAUUAGGGGAUCCUAUGUUGGGAGAUCGUAAAGAAUGUCAAAAAAUAAUUCGGUUAAAGAGUCUAAAUGCAGAUACUAAUGUGUCACUUCUAGCUAAAGAAGUGAUAGAAAAAUGUUCUUUGAUACAUGAAUCAAAACUUCGAGAAGUAGAACAAUUGAUUUAUUAUCUUCAAAACCGACGAACUAAUGAUGGUUGCAUAAGUAAUGAUAAUAAUUCUCAACCCUCAAGACCAGCAUCAUCAAAUUCAGUGUCUGCAGAUAAUGGAGAAAUGGAACGUGCUGUCAUUAGUAAUGUUGACAGUUACAUUGAAUUGUUAUACGAAGAAAUACCAGGAAAAAUCAAAGGUUCAUCAUUGAUCUUGCAACUGGCAAGGGUACCUGAUAAUCUUCACGAAUUAACAAAAAAUGAAUCUCUGCUGAGUGCUUUAGCAAGAGUCCUUAGAGAAGAUUGGAGGCGUAGCAUAGAACUCUCUACAAAUAUUGUCUACAUUUUCUUUUGUUUUUCAAUGUAUAGUCAAUUUCAUAAUAUCGUUCUUGAAUACAGAAUUGGAUCUCUAUGCAUGGAUAUAAUAGACUUUGAAUUACGACGGUACGACCAAUGGAAAGAGGAUAUGGAAAAACGUAAGCGUCAUUUCGAAAAUACUACAGGUUUAACAUUUUUUUCAAGUGGAAAUGAUCAUUCUGAUAAGAAGAUGAAAAUUAUCGAUGAUAUUUGGAAUACUGAUGGUCCUUUAGAUUACGAAAUUAAAAAACGUUCUAAUGAAAUUUCUGCGGUAACAGAAAAUGAUGUGAAGAAAUUAAAGGAAGAACUUGAAAAAAAUCGUAAGAAAUUCAAGAGUUUAAUAAAAAAACAAGAACAACUAUUAAGAGUGGCCUUUUAUUUAUUAUUAAAUAUUGCUGAAAAUAUGGAAGUUGAAAGAAAGAUGCGCAAGAAGAAUGUAAUUGGUAUGCUGAUUAAAACAUUAGAUAGGACAAAUACCGACUUAUUAAUACUGGUCAUUGCAUUUCUAAAAAAGUUAUCCAUAUUUCGUGAAAAUAAAGAUCUUAUGGCUGAGGGGAAUAUUAUUGAAAAAAUACCAAGACUUCUACAGAGUAAUAAUGCAGAUCUGAUACUGAGUACCUUAAAAUUAUUGUUCAAUCUUUCCUUUGAUGCAAAGCUUAGAGCAAGAAUGAUAAGAGUUGGUUUAUUACCAAAGUUAAUUAAACUGCUUGGUCAAGGUGAUAUUAAGAAUAAAACAAUAAUUUUGGGAUUAUUAUAUCAUACCAGUAUGGAUGACAAAGUAAAGACUAUGUUCACAAAUACUGAAUGCGUUCAACUGGUAACAAAUAUGAUCUUAAAUGCUGAAGAAGAUCAACCAAAAUUAGAAUUAAUAGCACUCGGUAUAAAUCUAGUCAUUAAUAGCAAAAAUGCUGAAGUCGUGGUUGAAAAUAAUCGUUUGCAAGGACUCAUCAAAAGAGCAUUUAGAAAUCAGGAUCCUCUCAUAAUGAAAAUGGUUAGAAAUAUAUCUCAACAUGAUUCAACUAAGGAGAGUUUCGUUGAAUUUGUGGGUGAUUUUGCUAUGGCUUUGAAUCAAUCAGAUUCGCAGGAUUUUGUAUUGGAAGUUAUAGGUGUAUUAGGCAAUUUAGAAUUACCUGACUUGGAUUAUUCACAAAUUCUUCAUCGAUGUGAUUUGAUACCAUGGAUACGCAAUAAUCUUGUUCCAGGUAAAUCAUCAGAUGAUUUAGUACUCGAGAUUGUUAUAUUUUUGGGUACAGCAGCUUAUGACGAAGAUUGCGCACGUUUAUUAUGCAAGGCUGACAUAUUGCUUUCGCUAAUUGAACUCCUUAAAGCAAAACAAGAGGACGAUGAAAUGGUCUUACAAAUAAUUUAUGUCUUUUAUCAAAUAUCUAAACAUGAUUCAACAAGGGAUUAUUUAAUACGUGAGACUGGUAAUGAAGCACCUGGAUAUUUAAUAGAUUUGAUGCAUGAUAAAAAUCCAGCAAUUAGAAAAGUAUGUGAUACAUGCUUGGAUGUCAUUGCUAUGUGUGAUAAAAAUUGGGCAGCGCGCAUAAAAGUGGAAAAGUUUAGGUCACAUAAUCAGCAAUGGUUAGAAAUGGUUGAAUCUAUAACUAAUGAUACCACGAAUCAUUUGUUACCAGAAGAAGAUGACAGUCUUUCACAAUUUAUGAAUGGCGACCUUUUGAAACACACAAUGUUAUUCCCUUCUGGUAAUGUAGCAUCAUUUACUACAGAUGACAGGUUUUCUGUUAUGAAAAAUUCUUCAGAAUCAUCUGAAAAUCAAAGUCGUCCAGUAAGCAGGUACAAAGAUUUUGAUGAAAUAGGUGAACUUAUGGCGCGUUCUAAGUCUCGCAUGUCUGUUGGUUCUGGUAUUGAAGAUCUCUAUUAUAAUUCCAAAGUUAAAUUUGCUGAAACGGACAGUUCGCAUGUAUUGAUAUGAAAGUAACAAAUCAACAGAUUUCAACAUCUGCAGCUUUGUAUGGAUUACUCCUUAUUUAUUUAUUUGGAAAGGAUAACUUUAAAAAGUGUAAGUGUGAUAAGUUAUUUUGAUCUCAUAAUGUAGUACAUUUUAUACUUUAUUUUGUACAAGUUACUUUACUUUGUAUGUAAACACUCAAUUUAAAUUGAUUUCUAGUCAUGUAACUUUACAAAAUAACUAAUACAACUAAUAAUAUGAUGCAUAAAUAUGUAUACUUCUAAUAUGUGCAAUAUAUGUAAUGCUUUUGGUAUAUUAUGGUACUGUAUGCUCUUGUAACAUAGAAUUCACUAACGAGAAAUUCAUAGACAACAAGAAAGUAAUUAAAAAUUCCAUAAUCAGAGUUAAUUUAUAAAAUCUUGCAGAAUAUUUUCUCUCAGUUAAUUAUUAUUGAGUACACAUUCCAUUUAAGUUUUGCUUACUUCUUUAUAAUGCAAAAAUAUCUAUCUAAAAUGAUGUUAUAUCUAAAAAUGUUAUUUAUAAACGUCUAUUAAU